AUGUCUGAAAAAAUAAACCGAUUCAGUGCCUAUCCCUUCCCUAUUAACUAUGAAAUGUAUAGGGAGCAGCGUCAGCGGCUUGGCAAGAGCCUAUCCGAACACUACCCCGAGGGUGGUCAUGCAGCGCUUUUAAAGGCAGCCUCGGAAGUCCCCAUCGACUCGACUGACAUAAACUAUCCCUUCAUUCAGGAGAGCUACUUCAACUACCUAUUUGGCCUCGAUAUGCCGGAUGUCUUUGGGGUGGUGUUGGCGGACGGCACCGGCAUCCUCUUCAUCCCUCGCCUGCCCGAGGAGUACGCGACCUGGAUGGGGCCCCUCCCAACGCCGGAGUCGAUCCAGCAGCGCACACGCGUUGACGCGGCGUACUACCUCGACGAGAUGCCGAGGGUGCUGCGGGAACGAGAGGUGCGCACCGUGGACGUCCUCCACGGCGUCAACUCCCACAGCGGGCUGGUGGUGCUCCCCCUGCCAUCUCCGGGCGAGGGGCUUGCGGUUGAGGACGGGUGGCUUUUCUCCGUCCUCAGCCGUCAGCGCGUACGGAAGACGCCACUCGAGGCGGCUCUCCUCCGCUACGUCUGCCGAGUUUCCAGCGACGCCCACGUCCAGGUGAUGCGGAGUUGCAGGCCUGGGAUGUCGGAGCACCAGCUGGAGUCCAUCUUCCUGCACGAGAUCUACCACAAUGGGGGGUGCCGCCGGGUGAGCUACACCUCUGCUUGUGCGACAGGCCCCCAGGCAUCGAUUUUACACUACUGCAAUAACGAUCAAACCAUCGAAGAGGGAACGAUGGCGCUGCUAGAUAUGGGCGGCAGCUACUGCGGCUACUCGUCUGAUAUUACCUGCAGCUUUCCCGUCAAUGGGAGGUUUACUGAGCCGCAGAAGGCGAUUUAUAACGCCGUGCUUGAGGCCCAUGAUCGUGUUAUUCGUGCUAUCAAGCCAGGUGUGUCGUGGGUUGACAUGCAUCUGAUGGCUAUUCGGACGAUUUGUACGCAUCUCGUGCGAAUCGGCCUUCUACAUGGCGACGUGGACGAGCUUAUGGAAAAGGAGGUGAUGCAGUACUUCCAGCCACACGGUCUUGGUCAUCUUAUCGGCCUCGAUGUCCACGAUGUAGGGUCCUACCUUGAGGACUGCCCACCUCGCCCGACAAGGAAGGACUCUUCUAGGCUACGCACCGCGCGCGUGUUGGAGGCGGGUGUGUAUAUCACCGUGGAGCCUGGCUGUUAUUUCAAUCAAGCGCUAAUGGAAAAGCUGCUAAGUGAUGAAACCUUGAAGUUCUUCGUCAAUGAGGAAAUGUUAAACGAAUAUUGGAACUUUGGUGGCGUACGCAUCGAAAGCGACGUGCUUGUAACUGAGGAUGGCGCAAUUAAUUAUACGUGUGUACCACGCACCGUGGACGAAAUCGAGUCUACAAUGGCCGGCAAACCUUUUGCGAAGGACAUUGAAGUAUACCAUAAUGCAUAG